AUGCAGUCACGUGCAGCCGCUGCCGGUGCUGUGGGAUGUGCUGGUCGCCGUAGGACGAAGACGAGCAUGUUCCAGCUGCUGGUGCUGCACAGGGAGGGGCUCGUUGGCUGCCGACUCUGCGAGACGCUGGUGCUGAACUGCCGACUCACGGCUUCUACUUUCCUGUGCAUAGUAAGGUCUAUUAUGUGUGUUAGCUGUAUAACCCAUUUUUUUAUAGAGAUGCUCAUGUUAGAAGGAGCUAAAGCUACAACAGAGACUGUUGAUGCAUUGAGAACUGGAGCUGCAGCUGCAGCGAUGAAAGCAAUGCAAAAAGCAAGGUUAGAUGUUGCUCAGGUGUGGCUGCUACCAUUUAUUCAACAUUUCUCAGCGCUAGAUGUUGCAACUCGUGCUUGUCUGAAUAGGAGUUUCAGGAAGUGCUGGGCACUAACCUUUUGGCUUGAGUUUCUGGAAAAUGAUUCGCCAAAUAACUUGAUGGAUGUGCUCUAG